AAUGUAUUAUUGGAAAACUAUCUUAAUUACUGGAGUCUUACGUUCUGGCUUAAAACCAGGUAAUGUCAUAUCUCCAGAUUUGUUUGUUCUUCCUUUUCAAAAGUGUUUUUGGCUGCUUUGGCUACUUCGCAUUUUCAUGUAAGUUUUUUAUUCAGACGGAGGUUGCGUGGAUACUGGUCUGGGGAGGCCUGAAACCACAGGAAUACGAGUCUUCCAAUCUGUGAACAAAAUAUCUUCUCUAGGGGUGCCUGGGGGGCUCAGUCAGUGAAGCGUCUGCCUUCAGCUCAGGUCAUGGUCAUGGUCAUGAUGGCAAGGGGCUCUCUACUCGGCAGGGAGUCUGCGUCUCUCUGCUUCUCCCCCUGCUUGUGCAUACUCUCUCACUGACAAAGUCUUUAAAAAAUUAGCUUUUAAAAAAUAGGCUUCUUUAAUUUUUUUUUAAAUAUUUUGUUGAAUUCAUUGCUAAGUACAUCGUGUUUUGAUGAUAUCCUGAUUUUUGAUUUUUGAAAUAUUUUGCCAUUUAUUUUUUAAAGAGAGAGUGGGGGAGCAAGUGUGUGGCGGGGCUGGGCCAAGGCUCCAGGCUUGGCCCAGAGCCUGACGCAGGGCUCGAUCCCACCACCCUGAGAUCAUGACCCGAGCUGAAAUCAAGAGCCGGUAACUCAACCAACUGAGCCACCCGGGCGCCCCUUUUGUAAUUUAAUUUUUAAAAUUUUUAUUGAGAUAAUUGUAGAUUCACUUGAGUCUUAAGAAAGAACACAGUGGUCUGUGCACACUUCACCCAGUGUCUGCUAAUGGUUACGUUUGCAAAACCAGAUAAAACAUCACAAGCAAGAUGCCGACAUCGAUACAACCCACCAGCCGCUCGCCCCACCGUCUCCCUUGUGUGUGGCUGUUUAGACCCACGACCUUGUCACCAGCAGGUCCCUGCGUGUGCCCCCCCCCACCCCCUGGUCAAGAUAGUGCACUUCCCCACCGACCCAAACACCUGCCGCUUGACCCCACCUCCCUGCCUCUCACUCCUCCCACCCCACCCUCUGCCUUCAGGAAUCUCCGGCUCCGCCCGGCAGCGUCUGUCUCUUCUAACUUGACGGGGUUGGAGUUGUGCACUGUGGGUCUUGUCGGUGUCAGCUUCUCUCCCAGCUCACUGCCUGCCGAGUCAUCCAAGUCCUGCCUCGCCGGGGGCUGUGGUUUAACUGCGCACCUGCGGGGGGACCUCUGGGCCGCGGCAGCUCUCGCUCACAGCAAGGUGCCAGUGGAGCAAGGGGAUCCCAGACAUUUCAAGCCGCGGGUGGUACAGGACGUGCCCGGAGCCCUGCAGCGUCACCGUGGCCGGGCUGUCGGCUCAGCGGAGCUGAUCCAAGCCAGAGCUCCAUGGACGGGGCGGUGCCGCCUUUCCUCCUUCUGGACACUGACCCGAGAGCGAAUCCCAGGCUGUCCCAUCAAGAACCCAAGUGGACGGACUUGAGGGGCUGGGAUCGUGAUCAGCACGGAGGCUGAGGCAGCAGUGGCCCAAGGCCACAAGGACCCAAGGACCCGCAGGGUAAGAUGUGACUGUGAGUCCCAGCAGUCUCCAAGCCAGGAGGACACGCCUCAGAGCACAGACGGUGGCUGUCGGACUUUGGUCUGGAAGUUUUACCUGGUGCAGCCCCAGCCCAGCACAGCCGCAGGCGGCCCCGGAAGCUCCCGGGGAGCCUUGCUGGGCCGGGGCAGCGCCUCAGUGGUCGGGCAGGUGUAAGAAACACAAUCCUGGGGCGCCUGGGGGGCUCAGCCGUUAAGCCUCUGCCUUCAGCUCAGGUCACGGUCCCAGGGUCCUGGGAUUAAGCCCCGCCUCCGGCUCCUACUCUCGCCGUCUCUCUCUGUGUCAGAUAAAUAAAUAAAAUCUUUAAAAAGAAAGAAAGAAAGACCCACAACCCCAUGUGGCACCCAGGUCCCCCUGGGGACAGUCUGUGAUGUCAGGACCUCCAUGAGGAUGACAGUCCCCCAUGCAGCCUUCUGUCCUGGGGUCUCCCAUCAAGCUCGGUGGGUUCCGGGCAGCCCUGGGUCUCUGGGGUACUUCGGGGUGGUCAGCUGUAAAGAGUUGUUUGUUGUGACAUCAGGUCCCCCCUACAGGGCCGGGCAGCGUCGGGAGGGUUUCUGUGCACAAUGGCCAGGAGCUGAGGCUCCCUGUGCCAUGCCGGCUGUGACCCAAGGAUCACACGACCCACUCACGGUCACUUAAGGCAGCACCCAGAAGAUUCUAUGUUCGUUUUUGCUUUAUUUUGUUUUGUUUAGGGGGCGGAGAAAGCUUCCUGAAGAACUGAGGUGGCGAACCUCCCCCUUGGCCCACACUUCCCCAGUCCCAGGGGCUCUGUGUUGGCUUGUGGCAUCUCGGUGUCCCGUUGGGUAAUCAGAACUUUACACUAAACAAAUAAUUCCCCAUU